CGUGGCGAACGUCAGUUGCAAAACAGGAAGUGGAGCGAUCAGCUGAUCUGCUUGUUGCUGUUCUCAGUUGCGCUUGUCGUGGCUUCUUCGCUUCUGCUGGAGACAGCGCUGAGCUGCGCAGAGCCGAACCACCGCCGAGUGGCUGCUGGCGCCGACGCUCCGAGGCGCUGCCUCUGUUGAGCCUCUCUGGUCUGUGGCGUCGGCCUGUAGACGGGUCCUCGGCGAAGCCUUCAGUUCGCUCUUCAGAAACCACCCGCGCGAAACAACGCCGUCGUCGCCGCUCGGUUCAGCGAGUUCAUGACGCGCGUCAGGUGACGGCUCGUGUAUGAGGCAGCUGGGAAUCGCGCUGACUUCAUGCAGUAGAAACAACGGCCACAGCUGUGAGCGCGCGCGCGGGUCCUUCGCAGGGUCGUGCUGUGUCCCGAGGUCGACUUGGAGCCCUCAAGUGUCUUGCCAAUGCUGGAUCUGGAGGUGGUGCCAGAGAGGUCACUCGGGAAUGAGCAAUGGGAGUUCGCCUUAGGGAUGCCGUUGGCCCAGGCCAUCUCCAUCCUCCAGAGACACUGUCGAGUCAUCAAAAACGUCCAGGUGCUGUACAGUGAGCAGGCGCCACUGAGCCACGACCUGAUACUGAACCUGACUCAGGAUGGAGUUAAACUGCUGUUUGAUGCCACGAAUCAGAGACUCAAGGUGAUUGAAGUUUACGACCUCAGCAAGGUCAAGUUGAAAUACUGUGGAGUCCACUUCAACUCUCAGGCCAUCGCCCCGACCAUUGAGCAGAUCGACCAGUCGUUCGGAGCCACGCAUCCCGGAGUCUACAACGCCGCUGAGCAGUUGUUCCAUCUCAACUUCAGAGGACUGUCCUUCUGCUUCCAGCUGGACUCCUGGAAUGAAGCUCCCAAAUAUGAGAUUCCUCAUGGCGCCAUGGUGAAGAGGAUGCACAUCUACACGGGAAACAACCUGUUGGAGACCAGAGCUCCAGCGAUGCCGUUGGCUUGUUUCCUGGGCAACAUCUACGCUGAGAGUGUGGAUGUCCUCAGAGACCCGGCUGGACCGCUGGGGCUGAAGCUCCGCCUCGUCACUGCAGGCUGUGGUCCCGGGCUGAUGGCCGACGCUAAAGUCAAGUCCAUGGAGAGGAGCAUCUACUUUGGGGACUCGUGUCAGGAUGUGUUGGGGGCUCUGGGUUCUCCACACAAGGUCUUCUACAAGUCGGAGGACAAGAUGAAGAUCCACUCACCAUCGCCGCACAAGCAGGUGCCCUCCAAGUGUAACGACUACUUCUUCAACUACUUCUCCCUCGGCGUGGACAUCCUGUUCGACUCCACCACCCACCUGGUGAAGAAGUUUGUGCUCCACACCAACUUCCCGGGACACUACAACUUCAACAUAUAUCACCGCUGCGACUUCAAGAUCCCGCUGGUCAUCAAGAGAGAGGGGGCGGAGCCUCAGCCUGGCGACUGCACGCUGACCACCUUCAGUAAGUGGGAGCAGGUCCAGGAGCUGCUGGGUCACCCGUCUGAGAAGCCGGUGGUGCUGCACAGGUCCUCGUCGGCCAACAACACCAACCCGUUCGGCUCCACCUUCUGCUUCGGCCUCCAGCGGAUGAUCUUCGAGGUGAUGCAGAACAGCCAUAUUGCCUCAGUCACCCUGUACGGAGCGCCUCGGAGCGCCGCUCGGCCCCGCUGCCAGUGAAGCGCUGCACCACACGUCGGACAUGGCCGUGGAAACGCCGUUCCCUUCUGGUCUCACACUUCACUCAUGACGGCGCCAGGGACCCUGAGCUGGGACGGGACCUGACGCCGUCCUCCCUCCAUCUGCCACUGGCUGCUUCUCGUGGCGCAGGCAGAACUAGCAUUUCAACGUGCAUUUUCAUAUUUCACAACGAUGAACUGAAAUGUGCCAGUAAUUCUCAUUCAGCGUGAAUCUGUCCAAGAUGGACGGACGUUGGUCACCGAUGAAAGGAAAAAGGGAAGAGUCGCACAUUUCUGAAAAGGCAUCUAUUGAGAACGGAAUGUUCCAUCCAGAUAUUUUCGAUGAAAAACACAUUAAAAAGCCACGAAGGAGAACACAACCA